CCGUACAUGUUUAACACAGACGUGAUGGCUAACGUGAAGUGUCGCAGCGAAGACCCUUCUAAAGAAGGAGGUGAAAUUGUUCAAACAGUUUCUAUUUUACAGCUUUUGGUUUUCGAUAAUAGUUGUUAAAAUGCAUUUGUUAGUUGCGAGUACGCGGAUGAAUUAUGGUAGACGGUUGCAGAGCUGUAGUUUUUGUUUAGAGUUUCAGGCUAACUUAGCGAGCUAACGUUAGCCACAUUAGCUGAGUGAUCGAUUUCAAACCUUGCUUGCAUGCGUAAUAUGUAACACUAACAUUUAAUUCAAAUUAAUAGGUUAAACUAUUAGGUUGUUACGUGUUUUCGUGGUACAUUUAACCCAUCUUAACACUGUUAACCCAAAUACGUCCAAAUUCAUACGCUAACAAUAAGUGCCUUUGUACUAGUUACCAUGUUUUUUAGGAGAUUUACUAAGCUCUUCUUUCUUUGAAGUACCUUGGGCAUUUACUCUCUAUACUAUGGUACUCGAUUAUGGUAGUAACCAUAGUUAUUAACCAAGUAUUGCAUUAUUCUAUAAUUUUACCCUGGUACCACCAAUAAUACUCUUUUUUUUAUUUAGGAUCUAAUGCAUCCAGCUGUAUUUGUGCACAGUAACAUAAUAUCCCUUUGGAAAAUUAGCAAUGGUUUUAUUGUAAAAAAGUGUAACAUUAGUAACCAUGAUUUUGGCAUGUUUUACUGUUAAAAAACAUAGAUAAACUAUGGUUACUGUAGCAAGACCAUGGUUAAUUUGUCAUAGCCACUGUUUAAGCUUAACUGUAGUAACCAUUUUUUUUUUUUGUAGUAAAAUGAUGUUAAUUUUCUUAAGGGAUUCUUACGCUUCUAUAAUUUGUUUUAAUAACUUUUUGUUGUACACAAAAGUCAGCGUUGCGUUAUUGACCUACAUUAUAACAACCCAUAAUCUCAUGCAAAAAAGAAACAUUGCCUUGUUUUUUAAACUUACCAUGGUAUGUUUGUAGUACUGCAUAACUACAUACACUAAUAAAUCUACAAAAGUGCUAUUGUAGGCUACGACCGUGUUUUGGACAUGUGCUGUGUAAGUGGCAUGGUACACGAGUAAGGCAAUAAUUCAACUUACAAAUGUAUUACCAUUCUCUUACUUUUGUGUCUUUGUCGAGUCAGUUGUAGAAAUGAUCUGUGUUUAUAUGGAUCCACGAAAAACAUUAAAAACACUAUUAUGCUUGCCAGAUAGCGAUGUUACUGUGGCAAGAAAUGCUUCACACCUGCUCACAUUCGCAUUCUUCUACAAAGCGAUGAAUAUAAUAUUUUUGGAGUGGGGGGUUGCGAACAAUUAUUUAGGUUUAAGUGACCCUGGACAAUAAAACGGCAAAAUGUUGUACACUUUGUUUGGAGAACCCUUGUCAAACUCAGUAUCUUAAGUAGCAUAACCAUAACACAGUCAUUUUCAAAAACUUGCACUUUGCGUUUUCAAGACCCUAAAAACGAACAGCCAAAACAAAUAAAAAAGUUCCCUGUUUUUUGGGUAAAAACAUAAAUGACCCUUUAUAUAGACAAUCAUUCAAGUCAAAUUCAACUCAAUUAAGGGAGAGCAAUUAAACUGGGAAUUGAAGUAGAGGCGCUUACACACUGUCAUUUGUAAUCCAGCUUACAAUUCAGAUUGUAGACUCAACUUCGGCUCUCUGAGCAGGUCCUCCUGGAAUCCCUCGUCUUUCAGGUAACUGUAGCUCACCUUUGGUCUCCAAAGCAACAGUCGCUCACCUUGCAAGGCACGAUGGGAUAUGCCGAAAAAGCGCUCCGCUGCAGAUGUCGAACCAGAAGAUGAGGCUAAAAGCAAGCCAGCCUCCUCUAAAAUGUUAAAAGCUGGGUUUAGUAUGAUGGCCCAAGCUCCCAAGAAGCCUGCCACUAUCUCCAUCAAGCUGGGAGCAAGUAAACCUAAAGAACCCACUCCUGCCUUACCUGCCAAGAAACCAGGACUCGCGUCUGUUUUCAAUGAAGAUGAUGAUAGCGAGCCUGAGGAAAUGCCACCUGAGGCAAAGAUGAGGAUGAAAAAUAUUGGAAGGGAGACGCCAACAUCAGCUGGACCCAAUUCCUUCAACAAAGGAAAACAGGGAUUCUCCGACCAUCAAAAACUUUGGGAGAGGAAACUUAAAUCCCACACAGAUCAGUAGAAGUGCUGGUUACAGUAGCUUUCCGUUUGGCAGAGAUUUGUGUCUUUUUGUCUCUUUGUUUGAUGAACUCUGUACAAAUGUAUAUAUGUAAUGAAUGUUUAUGCUAUACAGCAGCUUUUUAUUCUAGCCACUGUUUUAAAGACUGUGGUUAAAAAAAUAAUGCCUUUCUGUGUAAGGUAAAAUCUAGAAAAAAAGAAAAAUUAGCAUCAUCUAUAUUACUGUUCAAUGCAGAUUCAACCAAAUGUACCACACUGACACCCUUCAAUCAUUUAGCUAUAGUUUAGUUUGUCUUUAAAGAAGAAAUGUGGUGCAGUUGUGACAAAAAUACAAUGUAGGUUAUUAAGUCAAUAAUAAAUGAAAGCUGUGGUAUCA